AUAAGGAGAGCUCAGGAUGUCGAACGAUACCGAUACCGAUAACAAUAACGAUAUCCCAAAGGAGUACAGAUAUUCUCUCGUGUUUCUGUACUCUGUGGUUCUAGUCGGAGGGGUUAUCAGUAUAUCGCUCAUGAUCAACCUCCUUCAGUCCAACAUGCGCUCUGUGACCACGACCGCUGUGCUCAACCUCAUUAUCGUCCACAUCCUCUUUCUUCUGACCGUGCCAUUCCGUAUCUACUACUAUGCCUUCGGCCACUGGAAACUAAACAGCGGUUUCUGCAAGGUGGUCAGCUUGAUGAUCUUUGCUCACAUCCACUUGGCCUUCAUCUUCUAUUGUAUUAUCCUUGUCGGCCGCUAUCUCACGUUUUUCCGAAGAACCACUCAGAUGGAAUUUUACCGGACGCUGCAUGCAGUGGGCGCGAGCUUGGUGGUGUGGGCCCUGGUGCUGCUUAUCAUACUUCCCGUUGGCGUCAAGGAGUACGGAUCAAAUUCAAACAUGACCAGCGACCAGUGCUUUGACUUUGGAAAUUCGCUAGAAGUGCACACAGUCAAGGUGUUGAACUACAUCCUCAGCUGCAUAAUCCUAAUUGUCACUCUGGCGAUAGCCGGUUUCCAGGUUUGGAUUCUGGGUCACGUGUACAGAACCUAUCGGGCCUUGACCUUCUCUCAACAGGAGUUCUGGGCUCAGAUGAAGAGUACGUCUUUCGUAGUGGUGAUGGUCGUGUGCUUCGUUCCAUACAAUCUGUUCAGAAUUUACUAUGUGAGUCAAACCCAAAGAGAAUCUCUGGACCCAAUCAAUGAGAUCCUUUUGGCGGUGACGUCUCUUAGUUGUUUGGACAUGCUGACAUUGAUUGGUAGGCCAAAGCCCACCUGCGGACCCUGCUGCACGUGAAGAGCCAAUCACGUCACUCGGGACGGGAAAUAACUGUCAACGUAAUCAAUUUGACACCAUAUUGAUCAUAUACACUGUGUACUGUAACUGUGGUAUUAUUGUAUAUAGUCAUCUCCAAUGGGGAAAAUCUGCUAUCAACUUUGGGGGAGACAAUUAUAUUACAUUUUCUCAAGAGCAAUUCCUGAGGGGGACACAAAAAUUACUGCUGU